GAAGAGCAAAGCAGCAAAAUAUACAAAAAGCAUACUUCAGGGCGUUAAGCUUUAGGUAUCUGCUGUGAGAAUUAGGUGCACGCUUACGCAGUUAUAGAGUUAUAAUUUAUUUAUUGCCAAAUCAAACGUACAAAGAUGGAGGGAGAAUCGUCAACAUCUAACCAUAACACCAAGGUCUCCGACUCGGCCUAUUCCAACAGCUGCAGCAACAGUCAAUCGCAGCGCAGUGGCAGCUCCAAGUCACGCUUGAGCGGCAGCCACUCGUCGGGCAGCAGCGGCUAUGGUGGCAAGCCGUCGACGCAGGCCAGCAGCAAUGACCUGAUCUUCAAGCGCAACAAGGACAAGUCGCGCAAGAAGAAGAAGGCAAAGUGCAGCGAUGUGCCUGGCACGUUGGAGCUUAGCGAUGAGCAAGUGGUGGCCAGCACCAGCAGCACCAUUAUAGCAAAGCAGCAGCAGCAGCUGCAGCAGGAGCGGGAGCGGGAGCGUGAGCGUGAAUCAAUGGAUCAACAGGAGACGCCAGCCAAUGAGGCACAACAGCAUAGCGAGCAGCAGCUGGAGGAUGUGGCAAUGACGCAACAGGAGCCACAACAGUCGCUGGAGCAGGCCCACCAGCUGCUGCCCGGCAGCACCAGCAACCAGCAAAUGCCCCAAUUGGCCAUCAACAUCAGCAACAACAUAUUGAGCAUCGGCGCCGCCUCGCUGCAAGAGAGUCCCUGCGGCCCAGGUCUCUCCAUGACCAAAGCCGACAAGACUUGCGAGUCCGCACUGCUCAAGCUGGACACCGGCAUGCCGCCCAGCUCGCUCCAUGCCAAGCAGCCGAUGCACGAUCGCAAGGAGGACACCUUCUGCUGUGUCAUCUCGAUGCACGACGGCGUCGUGCUCUACACCACGCCCAGCAUCUCCGAUAUAUUGGGCUUUCCACGCGACAUGUGGUUGGGUCGCUCCUUCAUUGACUUUGUCCAUCAGAAGGAUCGCGCCACCUUCGCCAGUCAGAUCACCACUGGCAUUCCCAUUGACACGGGACGUGGCGGCACCCCCAAGGAGCAGCGCAGCACCUUCUGCGUCAUGCUGCGUCGCUAUCGUGGCCUGAACGCCACCGGCGGUGGAUUCGGCGUCAUCGGCCGCUCGGUCAAUUAUGAGCCCUUCCGCUUGGGAUUGACUUUCCGCGAGGCUCCCGAGGAGGCCAAUGGGGACAACUAUAAAGUGCCCAAUGGCACAAACAUGCUGUUGGUCAUUUCGGCCACGCCCAUCAAGAGCAGCUACAAGGUGCCCGAUGAGAUACUCUCGAACAAGAGCCCAAAGUUUUCCAUACGCCACACGGCCACAGGCAUCAUCUCGCAUGUGGACUCGGCCUCGGUGAGCGCCUUGGGCUACCUGCCCCAGGAUUUGAUUGGACGCUCCAUCUUGGAUUUCUAUCAUCACGAGGAUCUGAGCGUGAUGAAGGAGACGUACGAGACGGUGAUGAAGAAGGGACAAAAUGCAGGCGCCUCGUUCUGCAGCAAGCCCUAUCGCUUCCUCAUCCAGAACGGCUGCUAUGUCCUGCUGGAGACCGAGUGGACCAGCUUUGUGAACCCUUGGUCGCGCAAGCUGGAGUUCGUGGUGGGACAUCAUCGUGUGUUUCAGGGUCCCAAGCAGUGCAAUGUGUUUGAGCAGCCGCCCGGCACUAAGAUUAAGAUAUCGGAGGAGGCACAGAACCGUAAUUCGCGCAUUAAGGAGGAUAUACUUAAGCUACUGUCGGAGAUAGUCUCGCGUCCAUCCGAUACGGUGAAGCAGGAAGUAUCUCGACGUUGUCAGGCGCUGGCCAGCUUCAUGGAAACGCUGAUGGACGAAGUGACACGCACCGAUCUGAAGCUCGAGCUGCCAGUGGAGAACGAGUUGACAGUCUCCGAGCGCGAUAGCGUAAUGCUGGGUGAGAUCUCACCGCAUCAUGACUACUAUGACAGUAAGAGUUCGACUGAGACGCCACCCAGCUACAAUCAGUUAAACUAUAACGAGAACCUGCUGCGUUUUUUUAACAGCAAGCCCGUCACCGCGCCCGCCGAGCUAGACCCGCCCAAGCUGGAGUCCGCGUACAUGAGCAGCGCUCGCGAAGAUGCGCGCAGCACUUCGAGUCCCGUGCACGGCUUCGAAGGCAGCGGCGGCAGCGGCUCCUCCGGCAAUUGCACCACCGGCAGCAAUAUACACAUGAGCAGUGUGACCAACACCAACACCAGCAUCACCGGCACCGGCACCGGCACCACGUCCGGCGGUGGCAAUUCACAUGGUAACGGCAACGGAAACGGAAACACGAAUCCCACUUGUAAUGGCAAUGCUAGCUCCCUUGGUGGAGGAACCGCCCAUGGCCAUGCCAAUCCAAAUGCUCAUGGCCAUAGCAGCGGCAACGGCAGUGGCCAUGGCGGGAGUGGUCACGGCAGUGCCGUCAGCAGUGCGCCCACAGUCAGCGUAACCCUAACCGAGUCCCUGCUGAACAAGCACAAUGAUGAAAUGGAGAAGUUCAUGAUCAAGAAGCAUCGCGAGUCCCGCGGACGCACCGGUGAGAAAAAUAAAAAGUCUGCGAAUGAGAAGAUGCUGGAGUAUAGCGGCCCUGGGCAUGGGGGCCAUGGUGUCAAGCGUGGCGGCUCCCACAGCUGGGAAGGAGAUGCCAAUAAGCCAAAACAGCAAUUGACGCUAAACAGCGCCAUCGGAGUCGGCAGCGCCAACUUGAUCCACGAGCCGCAUGUGCCGAUUCCGAUCAAGCCGCAGCUAACGAACGCACCAGCGCUCCAAUGCAAUCAGUUCACCCAGAGCAAUCUGAACUGCACCCAAAACAUUAAUCUGUGGCCACCUUUCUCGGUGGGCGUCACCACGCCCACAGUCCAACACGCCCACACUGCGGUGGCCCAGAGCAGCUUCUCGCCCCAGCCGAGUCUCUUCCCCGCCUUCUACUACAUACCCGCCGCCGCCGCCCAGCCCGCCCCCAAUCCGCCAAUGCACUCGAUGCAGCGCCCCCUCAAGCUCUGCGAUCAGCCGACCACCUCGCAACAAGCCGCAGCUGCCGCCACCGCAGCAGCCCAUGCGGCCAUGCCCCUGCAGUAUAUGGCCGGAGUCAUGUAUCCGCAUCCCUCUCUGUUCUACACCCAUCCGGCGGCAGCUGCCGCCACGGCCAUGAUGUACCAGCCCAUGCCCUUCUCCAGCGUGGCCAAUGUCAUGCAGAUGUCGAAUCGAUCCAGUAGCUCCCAGACGAGCUACAACAAGGUUGUCUAUAAUCCACAGCCUUCAAUGGUGGCGCCACUCACAUGCGCAACGAAGCCGCAGGGCGCCUUUCACUCCAUCACGCCCUCGCAGCUGCAACGUCCGUCUUCGCAGGCGACUUCGGUUAAGGCGGAGCCCGGCUCGAAUGUGGCACCCUCGGAUACGUCCAAAAAGGAGGUGAACGACUCGCCCAUACCGUCGGUUAUGGGCGAAGUCGGUUAUGGGUCCGAUCAGCGUAGUCAUCGCACCCAUAAUAAGUUUAUGCAGAAAUACACGGACAGCAAUGGCAACAGCGACGACAUGGACGGCAGCAGCUUCUCCUCGUUCUACUCUUCGUUCAUCAAGACCACAGACGGCUCAGAGAGUCCGCCGGACAAUGAUAAGGACAGCAAGCGCAAGACAAAGUCCUCACUACGUCGGGAUUCCAAAAUUGUCGAGCAUCCCGAGGAGGAUCAAACUCAGCACGGCGACGGGUAGUCGAGCCUCUCCCACAUGCUCCUGGUAACAAAGCUACAGCAUGUAACCCAGAAUAAGAAAUAAAAUGCUUGCCCCUCUCUAUGAAAAGAAGGCUCAAAUAUAGCAGCUUUUAUUGUCUAUAUGGUAAGCUAUAUAUCGACACUAAAUGUUGUGAAAGCCAAAUAUAGCUCAUCAUCCAAUAAUUGUCUAUAAUCAAAUAAAUGUUGCGCACUUGGCGAAUGAAAUGUCUACGAGCUUUAUAAUUAUUCAUUUAUAAAAUGUACAAUGUCUUAGUAGUACAAACUUUAUAUAU